GAGAGAAGCAUCUCUUUCUUUUUCUUUCUGAAAAUUUUUGAAAAAUCGUUUUCUAAUCAAGAAUAUGUGUAACACAGCAUGUCAUUUACAUGUGUGUGUGAAAAUAUUUUAAUAAUGACAUAUACAUAUUUAUAAAUUAAAGAAAAAAAUCAUGUGCGAUUGAUUUUAUCGAUAGUAAAAAUAAAUAUUUGUCAGUUUGUACGUGGUGUUCAUACAAGAUUUGUAUGCGCUCUUAGUUUCUCGCAAUAAAAUAUACUAAUUUAAUUAGUAAAUUAAAAAUGACCUUACGAUAUAAAAAAGUCCGGAAAAAUCUUGAAUUUUAUGUAAAUAAUUAUAAAUUUCAUCAACCAUUUCAAAUUCUUAUUGACGGCACAUUUGCGUUCGCAGCAUUACAGAAUAAAUUCAACAUACAAGAGCAAUUUAAAAUAUACUUUCAGUCUCACUUAAAACUGCUAACAACACCAUGCAUUAUUUCUGAAACUGAAAAACUUGGUGUGUUCUCUGCAAAAGUUAAUGGUGCUACACAAAUAGUGAAACAAUAUCCUAUACAUAAAUGUGGACAUGAGAAGAAACCAAUAAGUGGUUCAAACUGUUUACUACAUAUGAUAGGAAAAGAUAAUAGUUCAAGAUAUAUUAUUGCAACACAAGAUCGUAAGCUUCAAAAUAAGUUGAGGCUAAUUCCAGGAGUUCCUUUAAUUUAUUUACAUGGAAAAACACCUACAUUAGAAUCUCCUUCAGAAGCAAGUUGUAAAUAUGCAGAAGUUAUGCAAAAAGAUUUGGGUAUGACUAUGUGGCAAAAAGAAAAUGUAAAAGUAUUACAAAAGCAAGCAGGAAUUAUGCAAGAGAGGGACGAUAAAUUAAAGAAAAGGAAAAAAAAGGGAGGACCAAAUCCACUUAGUUGUUUGAAAAAAAAGAAAAAACCAGAAACAAUAUCAAGUAAGAAGGGUACAAAAUCUGGUAAAAAAAAAAGAAAGAUUAAAAUAGCAUCACACAUUAAAGAGGCUUUAGUAACAGAAUUGAAGAAUAAACGUGGGGAAUAAAACUGUAUACAAAUCAUGUAAGUUUUGAAUAAUCCGUGAAUAGAAUAUGCAGGAAGUAAAAAUGUUUAAAAAACUGUGAUAAUUAAAAAAAAGAAAGUUUUUAUAUGUAAGGUACUAUAUUUGUAUCUGUGUUCAUUAAAAAAAAAAAAAAAAAUUUAUUAA